GACCCUGUGGAUUGUGUGGCGAUGCAUACUAUUUUAUAUUCAAAUAAUUACUUACUUAAUGUGUCUGUUUUAAAUUGAAUACUAUUUAAAUAAAUUCCAUGCACGUACUGUACAACGGUUUAGAAGCAGGGGUCGUGUACGAUCUCAAUCACACAUAAUAUCCGUGAUUAACUUGAUAUCAGCAACAAACGCUUUUACUACUUAUAUUUUUAUUAGAAAGCGAUCUCUAAUUUAGCUUAAUAAUUAUGUCAGACGACGAGGUGAUACGUUUUGAAAUCACUGAUUAUGAUUUGGACAACGAAUUUAAUCCAAACAGAAGAGGAAGGGCUAAAAAGGAACAUCAAAUUUAUGGUGUUUGGGCCAAGGACAGUGAUGAAGAUGACAAUGAAGAUAAUGUGCGGCAGAGAAGCCGCAAGCAGAAGGAUUAUGCUGCUCCCAUCGGGUUCGUGGCGGGGGGCGUGCAGCAGGCGGGGAAGAAGAAGGAAGCUAAACAAGAGAUAGAACCAGCAGAAAAGCCAUCCAGGCCAACCAUAGUCGACAGCUCCGAUGAGGAGUCCUCAGUACCCCAGCCCGAUGAGUCGGAGACAGCCGGCAUCCGGAGACAAGGCCAGGGCAUGCGCACUGCCAACUUCGGUGGGAAUAUGGGCACUUGGGAGAAGCACACUAAGGGGAUUGGAGCUAAGCUGCUCUUACAGAUGGGUUACCAACCUGGGCGCGGUCUGGGUAAAGACCUGCAGGGAAUAUCCGCGCCUGUUGAGGCGACAGUGAGGAAAGGAAGAGGGGCUAUUGGUGCCUAUGGUCCAGAGAAAGCAGCUCAAAAAGCCAAAAAAGAGGAAGAACGCCGCCUAAAAGAGAAGGAAGAUGAAAAGGCGCCAGAGAAGUCUUACCACUGGAAGAAGUCCCAUAAAGGCCGGUACUUCUACCGAGACUCCAAUGACGUCAUACAAGAGGGGAAACCUACUGUGCACACUAUCGCCAGCAACGAAUUAUCUCGCGUCCCAGUGAUCGACAUGACGGGCAAAGAGAAGCGCGUACUAAGCGGGUACCACGCGCUCAGAGCAGUGGCGCCUCGGUUCGAGCACGAGCCUAGACGGAAAUGCACGAACUUUGCUGCACCACAAUUAGUGCACAAUCUUGAACUGAUGGUGGAAUGCUGCGAGCAGGAUAUAAUCCAAAACGCCCGCGAGCUCCAACAGGCGGAAGACGAGAUCGUAGUCCUAGAGCGAGACCUGAAAGAGUGCGACGACAAGCUGCGAGAGCAGGACGACAUCAUCGCCAAGGUGCGCGACAUCAGGGCGCGCGUGGCGCGGCUUAGCGAGCCCGACCUCUCGCUUGAGAGGGCUUAUGAGGUCGUCUCGGACCUUAAGGAAUCUCACCCUCUCGAAUACGACAUGUUUGGCAUCGGUGCCAUCGCUGGCAACAUCGUCAGUCCCCUAUUCAGUGCUCUAAUGGCACAGUGGGACCCUCUCAAGGCGCCUGCUGAGCCUGUGCCAGUGUUCCUUAAAUGGCGCCAGUUGCUAAGUGAAGAGGCUUAUAAUAGUCUGUUAUGGCAACAUUACGCGCCUGCACUCAAGACUGCUGCUGCUGUAUGGAACCCCCGCAUCCCAGAACCAAUGUUGGCUUCCCUAACGGAGUGGUCUCAAGCCGUUCCUCCGUGGCUAUCAGCAUCCGUGGCAGCGAACGUUGUGGCCCCAAAGUUACUAGAAGCUGUGCGAGGCUGGGACCCCACACACGACACACAACCACUGCACCAAUGGGUACUGCCGUGGCAUCCUCUCGCCGGCACCGCGCUAGCAACAGCAGUAUACCCGCUAAUCCGCUCCAGACUAGCGGCAGCUUUAGCAGCGUGGCAUCCAGCUGACGGUUCUGCGAGGCCUUUACUGUCGGCGUGGCGAGGCGCGUGGGGCGCGGCGCUCACCGCCAUGUUACACCAGCAUAUCGUGCCCAAGCUGGAGCAUUGCCUGCAACACGCGCCUGUGCAUCUAGUGGGACAGGAGAAUACGGCGUGGCUCUGGUGCGUGGACUGGCUGGAGUUGCUGGGAGCCCCUACAUUAGGAGCGGUGGCGGCGCGCGCGCUGCUGCCGCGCUGGCUCGGCGCGCUGGCCGCGUGGCUCAACACCGCGCCCAAACACGCGCAGGUGCUGCACAGCUACACGCAGUUCAAGGUGAGUGUGUGUGACGUGGCUGUGUGUGUGGCCUGGCUGGAGUUGCUCGGAGCGGCCACACUAGGCGCGCUGGCCGCGUGGCUCAACACCGCGCCCAAACACGCGCAGGUGCUGCACAGCUACACGCAGUUCAAGAAAAUCUUCCCCGAAGAGGUGCUAAAAGAGCCCGGGGUCCGCGACGCGUUCCGCAAGGCGCUGGACAUGAUGAACCGCAGCGCCGACAUCGACGCCGUGGAGCCCCCGCCGCCGCCGCGGUUCACCUUCACUGCCGACAAGGAAACUAGCAAGAUUGCUGAUGUGCUGGCUUCUACUACACAGCAGAAGAGCUUUUCGGAGCUAUUGGAAUCUCGGUGUAUAGAAAGAGGUAUAACGUUCGUGCCGCUCGCGGGGAAGACGCGGGAAGGUCGUCCCCUGUACAAGAUCGGCAACGAUAACAUGCAGUGCUACGUUAUAAGAAACGUCAUCAUGUACUCCGAAGACAGCGGGCGGACCUUCGAGCCUGUCGGCUUGGACAGGCUACUGAAUAUGGCUGAAGAAUAGUGUACCUUCGUCAAUAGUGUGACAAUACGUUAAGACAUCAUGCAGUGCCACGUCGGGAAGCGCUGGUAGCCUAGCGGUAAGUACGUGCGACUUUCGUGCCGGAGGUCGCAGGGUCGAACCCCGGCUCGCACCAAUGAGUUUUUCGGAAUUUAUGUGCGAAAUGUCAUUUGAUAUU